UUCAUACAAUUAUUUGAAUAUAUGAAAUUAAUAUCUCAUCCAACAGCCACUAAUAUUGAACAUCUUCAAAUAAAAAAUUCCUUUUCUUAACUACCAAAGAAAUGUCCAUUUUCCAUGGCCGCAAACUAAAAUAUUUUCUGUAUCCAUCAAAAUAGAUCAUUCAUACGAAACCUACUUCAUAAAAUAGAACUAUAUGGUAAUAAUAUAUAGCUAUAAAAGUGCUCUAUCUCAUAAUUCAAGUUAUUCAAUAUCCAACAUUCAUAAACUUGAUUUUUGUUGUUGCUGUUAUUGUGAUUUCUGUAAUAUAAACACUUUUCACCAUGGUAGUCUCAACCUUCACACAUGAUUAUAAAUCCCCUAUUGCUCCAUCACGCAUGUUCAAGGCUUUAAUCACAGACUCUAGCAAUUUGCUUCCAAAACUCUUACCUCAGUUUAUAAAAGAUAUCAACUUAAUCCAAGGAAAUGGUGAAGCUGGAAGCAUUGAACAAGUUAACUUUGCUGAUGCUAGUCCUUUCAAAUAUCUAAAAAAUAGGAUUGAUAAGAUUGAUAGUGACAACUUGGUUUGCAACUACACAACGAUUGAAGGAGAUCCAUUAGGUGACAAGCUUGAGACAAUAGCUUAUGAGGUUAAGUUUGAGGCCAUUAAUGAUGGAGGUUGUCUUUGUAAGAUGACAAGCAAAUACAAUGCUAUUGGAGAGUUUGAAGUCAAAGAGGAAGAGAUCAAGGAAGGAAGGGAAAGCUCUAUUGGAAUUUGCAAAGUUGUUGAAGCCUAUUUGCUUGAGAAUCCACAAAUCUAUGUUUAAUUAGUUAUUUUUAAUUCAUUUAUUUUAAUUUGUCAAAAGUAUAUAUAUAUACACUCAUCUUAUCUUAUUUAAAGAUGAAAUACAAAUUUUAUUCAAUUUUUCAGAUGAUAGCAUGAAGUGUCCAUCCAAACAUGGGGACAAUAUGAAUUUGUAAGUGUUGAAGUUCUUAAUAAGUCCUAAGAUAUCAAGGGUAUUAUUUGUUGUUUGGUAAAAUAUUUGUAUUUGUACUCCCUCCCUUUUCUUGUACUCCCUCUGUAUUAAAAUUAUUGUCAUUUUAGCUAGUAGUUUUUUUAAAUGAAUUCACUUUUCACUUUUUA